AGCUUGUCUCAGCUCGUCUACUUAAAACCUCCUCCUCUUCCUUCUCUCUCAAUCUGAACACAAUAAAAUAACUUGCACAUAAAUAACCAAGCUAUUUAGACUUCUGGUAUACUAAUCACCCUACAGUUGGGCAGGAUUUUCUAACCUAAAGCUGUCAACUAAAUCUUAAUAUUUAAUCAAACUUGUCAGCGUCAAGGCUAUAUAUAUUAUAUAUUAUCAUAUAUUAUCAAUGAUAUCUUUACGAAGCAGUAGCGAAAGCCAGCGUUAAAAUACCCCGCUACACACAUACCACCUACACACCCGCCCGCAACAUCCACAACAUCCACAACAUCCACACAUCAGUAACACGGACCAUUCAUACCGGGGAACUUCAUUUCAUCUAGUCGUACACUCUACUACGUGGGGCCCCCCUCCAAUAGAAAUGUCUGCCCACGUCGGCGACGGCGGGCGACGCGGUCGGGGAAGCUCUCCAUCGCUGCUUGACGCGGUACGAAUGCCCUCCCCUCCCGCUGGUUUUAGUUACAACGACGCGACGCCUCGCCGUUCUUUUAAUGAUCAUGAUGGUCCGCGGGCUUCGUACCGCGCUGGUACGCCAACGGAUGAGUCAAGCUAUUAUCGUGGAAGUUAUGAUUCAUUUGCCUCAGCAAACUCACAGUAUCCAAGGCGCAGUGAAGAGCGCGUAUCCAAGGGUGACAAGGAUCUGGUAGAAGUUGCCCAAGACGCGCUUCGACGUAGUGCUGAUAUUAUUCUUCCUUCCAAGUAUGCGAACAAGCUUCGCGAGUCGGAGAGCGAAAAGGAGAGGAGAAAGGAACUCAAGCAAGAACAGUUGGAAGAGGAUCUCGCCUAUGGUAGCGUUGUUCCUCCUCCUCCAACAAACAAGUACUCCAAUGUUCAGUCGCCAACAGCUUCUUCGUACACUGGCAGAACCAACUACUCUAUGCCUGGUCAGUGGGGAGAUGACCUACCUGAGGAGAAUUUGAGAUUCCCUCGCGUAGACGCCUCAUACGCUGCGCCUCCCGAUAGAGCGGACAAGCACCGCCAGCGUAAUUCCUAUGGGCUUGACCCGAGGUCCUCGGGUACGCAACUCCUCUCUGCCGAGCCUAGAAGUGGUCGUAGAGAUCGUUCUCCGAUGCCACCUACUGGUCGCAUGUCCUCUUUGACUGUCAAUACAGGACGCCAUUCUGCGCACAUGUCACUCUCGAGUGCGCCACCAUCACCACUCCUCGAGUCUUACUACGGGACCUACCAAUCCAUGUCCCCAAUGCCAUCGCCCUUGCUCCUCGCUGCUGAUGAUCCCAGAAUGUCGGAUGCCCUUGAGCCACUUUCGCCAAGUCUAUCAGAUGGGGAGAGCAACGGGGAAAAGAAGCGGCGGCGCGCCCGCUUUCACGACCCUGUUGAAGAUGCAGCACGUCUCGCCAAGGCUCUGAAAGGAGACCACCUGCCUCCUGACACAGAGCCUUUAAUCGAAAUCCUGCCUGGGAUGACGCAUGAACAGAUCAUGGAACUGCGCGUAGAGUACAAGCGGCUUGUUAAGACUGGUGCUGAGCGUAAAGGUGUAAAUGUUGCCAAGCAUAUUCGCGCUCGCCUAAAGGAUGAGGACCCUAUCCUGAUGAAGGCUUGCUAUACAGUCGCACUCGGAAAAUGGGAAUCGGAGGCCUACUGGGCCAAUUUCUGGUAUCAUGGUGACAAAACGCGGCGUGAACUGCUGAUUGAAAGUCUGAUGGGACGUUCCAACCGCGAGAUUGCGGAAAUCAAGAACGCCUUCUCUGAUAAGAAGUAUAGGGAUUCCCUGACGUUGUGCAUGAAGACCGAGCUCAAGGAGGACAAGUUCAAGCGUGCUGUUCUUAUUGCGUUGGACGAAAAGCGCAUGGAAGAUGUAGACGAGUAUGGACACCAGGUCCCCGUUGAUCGUGAAGUAGUUCAGGAUGAUGUGGAGGCGUUAUACAAGGCUGUUCGCAGUGAGAGGGGAGGUGAGACUGCCAUGAUUGAAAUAGUAGUUUCGCGAAGCGACCAUCACCUGAAGGAAGUAAUGAGGUUGUACGAGAAAGUAAUCGGAAGCAACUUUGCUCGAGAUUUGCUAAAGAAGAGCGGGAAUCUUGUGGGCGAGCUCCUAGCUCACAUUCUUAAUGGCAUAAUCAAUAGGCCAGUUCGGGAUGCCCUCCUUCUGCAUCAUGCCCUCACAGCCUCCAAGAAGGACCAACUGCGCCGGGAGCUACUCAUAUCGCGUCUUGUCCGUUUCCACUGGGACCGUCACCAUAUGGCUGCCAUCAAGAAAGCGUACCGCGAGCGUUACGGCGAGGAGCUUUCUGAGGCGGUAAAGGAGGGGACAAGUGGCGAAUGGGGGCUGUUUUGCGAGCAACUCGUGGUUACGCGCAUGCCCGACGACGUGAAGAGCUUCGAAAAGGUGGACGCUGUGAAAGAUAUCAGGCGUUCGGAUAAAGACAGAGAAGAGCGACUGAAAGAAAGAGAACGUGAGAUGGAUCGUGACAGCGAAAAGGAACGAGAACGAGAAGAGAGACAUCGACGAAGAGAGAAGGAGAGGGGCAAGGACAAGGACCGAGAAAGGAAGAGAGAAAGUAGAGGAAGGGAUAAGGAGAAGGAGAGAAGCGAAGGACUACUCGUAGUCAAAGACAAAGAUCAUAAGCAUCGAGAAAGGAGCCGAAGUCGAGAGAGAAGUAGCCACCGGAGAUAAGAGUAAAAUAUUUUGAGUUACAUUUAGCUAUAUAUUAAGAGGCGACAGGCUUGGAUAUACGAACAACAUGAGAAAGACGGUAGAUUUAGACGAUGAGUGAAUCGUGAGAAUCAACAGGAAGCCCUACUCUAGGUAAAUAAGUGCUACAGUUAUUUCUCUUCUCAUGAGUAAGAAACUGAAGGUAAAGCAGAAGGAGCCAAUGUGUGUGCCCAAACCCAAAUGAAUAAUCGAGGGAUCGCGUUGUCUUUAUGAAGAGAGCCCAACCGGUGCCGGGAGGCGUUAAGGAGUGGGCAUAGCCAAUGGAAACUAACUCGCCCGCAUAAUAAGUAAAUGGAGGGAACUUACCAAUCGGACAUUUCCAACCUAUAAGGGGGGGCAUCUCGGGGUUUCUAUGGGUUCGCCCAAUAGGCGCUUGAGAGUGUUCAACUGCGAGUGUGUGAU